AUGCUUAAUAUUAUUCAUACACCAAAAUAGACAUACAAAUAAUAACCAGCGAAAAUCUAAUAGCACCUCCAUCAGAAAAGUCUAACCUGUAAGUCUCUUUCAACGCAAUAAUUGCAAUUGCCCCUACAAUACAAUCAAUUGAAGUGUGAUCCAGAUCCCUCCACCCCUUAAAAGAUGUAACUAGCCAAGGGUCUCAAAUUAUUGAACAUUCCAUCCCAAACCAAUGACAACAGUUUCAGAAGAAGCAGCUCCAAAAAUAUCUUGACAUCAGAUAGUCCAAUUAUCACACAUAACAAAGAAAAUAACUCUAUUGGAAGAAGAAUCUGCACUGAAUCAAGUUCCCAAGAUUACUCUAAUUCCUUUGCGAUUCAAGAAAAUAAAAAGUUGAAUGAACUGAUUUAAAGAUUGUUUAGAGAGAAAUAGGAAUUAGUUACUAUUAUAGAAAAGUAAAAGAAUUAACUGCAAUUUUCACCUGGUUUAACUGAUUAAUACAACCUUCUGAGUCUGAAAACAAGAAUUGAAAGAUUAGAGGGGGUUAUUGAUUAACAAAGUGAAGAAAUUAAUGAAUGGAAAUUAAAAUAUAAAUAAGCAUGUGAAGAAGAUGAGAGAGUCAAUGCUAUUGAUUAAAUGGAAUCACAAAUUAUGAAAGUAGUCGAAGAAAAUGAAAGACUAAAUAAUUUAAGUUUUGAAAAAGAUAAAUAAAUUUAAAAUUUAAACAAUCAAAUUGUAUCCCUUUCAAAGUAAGCAUAUGAAUAUGAAUAAAAAAUCAAAGAUCAAGCAACUCUUAUUAUUGCAUAUGAGGAGGAUUCUAAAGAAUUGAGAAAGGAAUACAAUUCUAAAUUAAAUAUCAUUGAAAGAUAUGAAUAGUUAUAAUAACAACAGACAUAGCUUUCCUAUUAAUCAUCUUUUCAUGAAAAUUAAUAAGCAGAAUCAAAUAAUACUUAGUAAAUCCUAUUAGAUUCGAUUAAAUAGAUAGAAUAAUAAUUGUGUGAUUUGUCAACUUAAUAUACAUCCCAAGUCUUGGAGAAUUAAAGACUGCAGAGAUAAAACAAUAACUUAAAAGAAGAACUACUAUUGCAACAAAAGGCUUUGAAUGAAAACAGGACAUAAUAAAAAGGAACAGUUAAUCCUUUGUUUUAAGAAAUCCAUAAAAAUGUAACUUCGUUAAGAGAGAAAAUUGUGAAACAUUGA